GCUGUUUGUGCUGCCGCAGAAGAAGAAGAAGAAGUUCCUGUUCGCUCUUCGAGACACAACAGCCAACUUUCCAAACAGAACCGUCAGAUAUUCAUUCAGCAGCUGAACCGGCGGGAUGGAGACCGACCCGGCUUCACCGUUUCAGGACGCAGCUGAAAACAUUCAGAUCAAAAUGGAGCCAGACGGCGACGUGGAGAUCCAGUCGUAUCCUGUCCUCAAGAAGCUGUCCGUCAAACUGACCGACUGCAGGGUGUGGCUGGAGGGACGGGACUUCCUGUCUCUUGAUCAUCAUCCUCAGCUUUGCAGCUACAGACAGAGGCAGCGCUACCCGACAAAUACGGGCAGAAAGAUGGUUUACUGCUCCGAGUGUAAGAAAGGUUUCUACAAGCAGGCUUACCUGGAGGCUCACCAGAGAACCCACCAAGGACAGAAACCCAACGAGUGCUGGCAGUGCGGAAAGACCUACCCGACCCUGAUGAGCCUCGUCGUCCACCAGCAGAUCCACGACCGCAAGGAGCCCUACCAGUGCUCCUACUGUGACAAGACCUUCGCCCUGAAGAGGGACUGGAAAACCCACCACCGUACGCACUCUGGGACCAAACCCUUCAAGUGCUGGUUCUGUGGGGACGGCUUUAGCGAACGGGAUGAGCUCACUGAGCAUCUGGAGGUGCACAAGGGGGAGAAGUGCUACCACUGCCACAUCUGCGACAAGAUGUUUGCCUCUUACCAGGGCUUCAACUUCCACCGCAGGUCGCACAAGAACCACAAGCUGCUGCCCUGCCUGAAGUGCAAGAAGACCUUCAGUAACCCUCAGAGUCUGAAGCUCCACCAGGUCACUCACUCCAACAGAAAACCGCAUAAAUGCCCCACCUGUGGCAAAGGCUUCAAGCUGAUAAGCGGCCUGCGCUGCCACCAGAGGACCCACAAGGACCUGAAGGACUACCACUGCACCGAGUGUGGCAAGUGUUUCUCCAGCCUGCAGGGCCUGAAGCUGCACAACCGCACGCACACGGGACUGAAGCCUUACAAAUGCACAGAGUGCGGGAAGAGGUUCACCCAGUCGCCCCACCUCAAGUCUCACAUGGUCACCCACACCGGAGAACGACCAUUCCUCUGCACCACCUGUGGGAAGAGGUUUACCCAGUCGUCCCACCUGAGAUCACACAUCACGCUGUUCCAUGUGGGUGAGAAGCCGUUCGCCUGCGACGACUGUGGGAAGAGCUUCACCAUCGCCCACUACCUGAAGAUGCACCGGCUGAGCCACACCAAGGAGAAGCUGUACCAGUGCUCGUACUGCGAGAAGUCCUUCUCCUACCACAACUCCUGGAGGGCCCAUGAAAGGAUCCACACCGGUGAGCGGCCGUUCAGCUGCCAGGACUGCGGUCAGAACUUCAUCACGUCAGGCUCGCUGCGAAGCCACCAGAGAUCCAAGCACACAGGAGAGAAGAGCUACUACUGCAUCACCUGUGGAGAGUUCUUCUUCACCAGCUCGCUGCUGCGGGUCCACCAGCUGGACCACACCGGCGAGCGGCCGCAUGCCUGCAGCUGCGGCAAGACGUUUAAAACCAAAGGAGUGCUGCGAUACCACCUGAAGAGGUUCACCGACCACCAGCCGGCCAAGUGAACCGCUGCCUGGAAACACCUUCUCUGGCUGCUUGAAGACACACCUGCAGAGGUUUUCAGACUGUGACGCGCCUCGCUGACGGGCAGUUGAAGAGGGUUUGGAGGGAGAGACCAUGAGGCAAAGAUAGUGAGUGAGGUGAAAGGGACAGGUGCAUGCAGGUGUUGUAAAAACAACAGGAAGCUAGUUAUUGUAGUUUGGCUGCAGCAGUGACACACAGCUCAGGAGGAGAUUAACAUACUUCAAACACUUAUCUGAGAGACAGGUUGCUGUGAUUUGUGCCCAAAAUUCCCUUCUCUUCUCUUCUCUUCUCUUCUCUUCUCUUCUCUUCUCUUCUCCUUCUUCUCAGAAUCAUAAUCAGUCAGAUGUGAACACAGACAGGAAACACUUGUUGAUCUGAUUCAGUGUGACAUCACUUCCUGUGGAGAUCAUCAUCUCUGAGGAUCCAGAAUAAACCCCCAGAAACCACUGAGAAACCAGAGAAGAAGACUCAAGUUUCCUUCAGUCUCCAAGUGAUCCAGUCUGUGCAUCCAUGAGCACACUGCUAACAGUAGCUGCUAACAGCUAAUUCAGCAGACUGUCAGUGGAGGCUCAGUGUGAACAGAUGCAGACCAAAAAUACAGGCUCAAGGUGUCGGUUCUACUAAACGUGAAAAAAACACAUGAAGUGCUCGAUGGAUCAGUUUCAGGAUGUACAGUUAGGUGAUGAUCAUGUUCUCAUUCACAACAAUCACUUUUAUUUUUUAUCAUUUAGCAUCAGCUGUUCUUUUUACAGGAAACGAAAUGAUAGAAUGAAUUGAAAUCAUGUUCUUGCUGCUUCCCCAUCACCCCCCCGUGCUUCUGUCAGCUCCUCACAACCUUCAGAAAAAGAUGAUUUUAUGUAAAAAGACCUUAAUUAACAGAGAAGAAGAAACACUGAGAUGUAACACUAAGAAAAGAUGAACUGACUUUACUGUGUGUGUGUGUGUGUGUGUGUGUGUGUGUUACAUGAAGCACUUUGUGACUUUUUGGGUUAAAAAUGCCGAACUGAACACAUUUUCUUUUUUAAUCCAGUUUUGUAUUUUCAGAAUAUCACAGUCCAGCCGAUGACCUCUGACCUCAUCUCACAGGUCAGAGGUCAGCAGUACAGAGCGUCUUAUUGAUGCUGAUGUGAUUGGAUGUCCUGUCUUAUGUUAAGUGAUCUGCUUUACUGACUCUGUUUAUUGCUGUGAGCCAAAUGUCCUGCAGGACAGUCAAGACUGAACUGUCUCAGGGUCCAGCAGUCCAGCUCUCUGGGGGGGGGUCACAUGUUCAGUUUCAUGCAGUCCCUUGGCCAGGAUGCAGGUGCAGACUCAAGUCACGUGACCAGGACAAACUGACGGCUGAUGACUCAUCUGGAGAAGAAAGGUUGAGCAGGACUUUGACUCCAGCGACUCGUGAUGUUAAGCCGCCUGGACUUGAGGACGACAUCACAUCCUUCACAAGCAGCGACUGAAAAUGACGAAAAAGUCAAAAGCAAACAAAUUCCUGACGGCAGAUAAACUACAGACAGUUGUUGGUGUGGGGGUGCACAGGUCGAUCGGCCGGGCUGGAGCUGAUCAGAGAUCGGCGGUUCUGCUGAUACCUCACUACGACUGAACUCUGGCUCCAGCUGCUGCAGGGAGACCCUGUUUUCCAAGAGAUGCCAUCGGCAGAAGAGCCGCGAUCUGCGACAUCGCCGGUCGCUUUUUAGAAAUGAAGUCACAGCACUCAGGACCGGAGGGCUGUUCAGAGAGAGCCGAGCCAAUCGGUGCGCAGCUCCACAGUGAUGUUGUGUGUGUCGUUCCGUGGUGUAUCUGAUGGACUGACUGUGGCCUAACUGUUGCAUUGUUGUACUGCUCUGCUGAUUGGACGAAGUAAACGCAUGUUGACAGAAUACGAAACCGACAAGAUUGACUUUUUGUGCUUCUUCACUUCGUGCUGGACGGUCGAGCUCGGUUAUGUUCCCACACUGAUCAGUAUCGAUUUAUCACAAUAUAUAAUUUGAUGAGGAUCCAGAUAACGACUGAAAUGAAGAAACCGAAGGGUUCAUGAGUUAAACUUUAAAUAUAGUUGAUUCACAUAAAAACAUAAUGUAACAUUUAACUCAAACAUGGCUCAGUUUAGAAUAAGUUUUGUGAUAAAAGAAAAAAUUGAAUCACCUCUAAAUGUAAACCGUUAACUUUGCUAACGAGCCAGCUUGACUUGCUGCUGGGACGCACCUGUGCAGGUGAAGAUCUGUCGUGUUUCCCGUCUUGGCACCAACCCACAGCAUAUUUUGCAGGCUGUCUUCAUCUGCACUUUUGAGAUAUUGAAACCGCUGCCGUAUAAUUGACCUUGAGUAACUUUGUUAACAUUUUCCUCAGUUUUGGAGGUAAACUCGAGUUCCAGCAUGAAGAGGUGGCAGGUGUGCAGGUUCUGCUCGUUCAGCAGCUGUUUACCACCUCCCUUCUGUUGCACUUCUGGAGAGUGAAUAUUGGCAUUGUUGCAUAAAAUAUAAAUAUAUAUGAUAUAAAGUGUCCUCUGUCUGUUUGGAGGAGCUCAGCCCUGCACUCGAGCUGACAGGCAGAGAGGAAAACGUUGCUUUUCAGCCCAGGUCCAGCCCCCCCCCCCCCCCCCCCAAAGCAACACAAACCACACCAUCAGCAUCAAUGUGACUUGUAGAUGAUCGCCUGUCUGUGGUUUGGGCCUCUGUGGCUGAUUUUGAUUGGAACUUGGAUGUUGUUGAUGUGAGACUUGUUCAUCUGGACUUGGGACUUCACUGGACUUGUGUGUCUUGACUUGUACCAACCAGGACUUGAGACUGACUUGUGAAACACUGACUCUGGUCUAAUCUUGAGAUUUCUUUUUGAUGUUUUGUGAUUCCAAACUGAUUUUCUUAUGAGCUGACAGCAGAAGUGAAUCAUGUGACUGUCGGCGCGUCGUACGGAAACAUGCUGGAGAUUAAAUAAAACUCGUCUCCACGCCGUCGUGUCUCAGAGGGUUAAAUCCAGGAUGAGUCUCUGAUGAGGAUCUGACCCGGUAGACACUUUGUUUUAACCUUCAGUUCGGUUGAACUUCAGAGGGUUUUUAUUGUCCUUGUUACUUUCAGAUGGGAUUAUUUAAAUUUUACUUUUCUUGUCAACCAUAAAUGUCCUUGAUUAGAAAGUAAAUGAACAGUUUUAAUUUCACCAUAGUGACCAACUCGAACAGGUGUGUCUCCUUUUUCUUUCUUUUUGACAUCUUAUUUAUUUCUAGGUCAGAUUACUGUAAUUCCUCAUACUUCAGCAUCCAGCAGUCUUCUCUCUCGCCUUCAGUUGGUCACUUCAGCACGCCUUUUAACCAACCCCCCCUGUUACAGUCACAUCACUCCCGUUCGUCUUGCACUACAUUGGCUCCCACUUAAAUUUAGGAUCAUUUUAAAAUUGAUAAUGUUUGUUUUUAAAGGUAUCCACGGUCUUGCUCCAGAGUAUCUGUCUGAUUGUAUAAAGCUUAGACGGCACUGUAGAGCCCCGCGGUCCUCAGAACAGCCCCUGUUGGAGGUUCCUUCUUCUAAUUUUUAAAUUUUUCUCGAUAGCGGCCCCGAAUUGUGGAACUCCCUCCCCCCUGACUUGCAUUCUAUUAAUGACUUGGCACUAUUUAAAUCACAAUUGAAAACUCAUUUAUUUAGACUCGCUUUUAAU